CUUUAUUAUACUAUUUUGCCAUCUUAUCACCAUGUGGUUGCACGACUUUUUGGCAAUAACGCACAAUGAUAAAGAGCUUAUCGACUUUUUAAUUGUACAUAAUUUAAUAAAUAGUGAUAUAACGUGUCCACGGUGCAAUAAUACAGUGACAAUUAAUAGAGAAAAGCUCUUAUUUCAUUGCCAUAAAGUGUAUUAUGAGAAAAAUAAACAUAAAAAAAAAGUAAAAAAACAAUGUGAUUUUAAAGCAAGUGCAAAGAUUAAUACAUGGUUCAGCAAUUCCAAAUUGAGCUUGGAAACGGUAUGCAGAUUAACUGCGUAUUAUAUUAUGUUGAGGCCUCCACGACAUGAAUUUUUAUGUACAGAACUGCAAAUUUCUGAACAUUCUAUAGUAGAUUGGAUUUCUUUUUGUCGAGAAGUUUGCAUCAAUUGGGCUGUAAGAAAUUCAACAAAACUUGGAGGACCCAACAUAAUAGUAGAAAUAGACGAAGCUAAGAUUGGCAAGAGAAAAAAUAACUGUGGCCGAAUUAUAGAGGGAAAAUGGAUCUUUGGUGGAUAUGAAAGAGAUACAGGAAAAUUUCUUGUACCUGUACCAGAUCGCACGCAAGAAACUCUUCUUCAAUUUAUUAAAGAGUGGAUCUUACCUGGAACGACAAUAAUGUCAGAUUGUUGGAAGUCCUACAACUGUUUAAACAGUGAAGGCUUCCAACAUCUGACUGUUAAUCAUUCGAUGAACUUUGUCGAUCCAGAUACUGGUAAAUAUAGACAUAUUAAAUAUGUAAUUAACAAAUUCAUAUGUAGACCAUAUUUCCUAUAUCACAAAACAUAUAAAUAUAUAAAAAUAUUAUUUUAUUAACAGGAGCCCACACUCAGCAUAUUGAACGCGUUUGGAGAGAAGUCAGAGCUAAUAUCCCACGAUUUGGAACACGCUCUGCACAUUUAGAGGGAUAUUUAGCUGAAUUUCUCUUCAAACGCGUUCAUAAAUAUGAAGACCGUUUAGCCGCUUUCUUCCGUGCGAUUGCAGAAUUAUAUCCACCAAAGAUCUGCAAUGAAGAUAAUUUAGAAAAUAAUUCUGAAUCUUAAGCUUAGCUAAUUUGCAUACGGUCUUCAAACUCAAUUUAGAAUUGCUGAACUAUGUAUUAAUUUUUGCACUUGCUUUAA